UAUGCCUUGGUCUUCAUGAAAAGAAUAACUCGUGAAUGUGAAGUUGGUCCCAGGAUUCAUAUCCCUUGGAUAUCAAAAUCUGCAGAUGUUCAUCUGCUGUAUAUAAUGGCACAGUAUUUGCACCUAACCUACAUACAUUAUAGAAGGACAAGAACAGAAACACCAGCACUGGCUGAAGAUGCCCAGCCCACAGAGUCUGAGAAGGAAAUUUAUAAUCAGGUGAAUGUAGUAUUGAAAGAUGCAGAAGGCAUCUUGGAGGACUUGCAGUCAUACAGAGGAGCUGGCCAUGAAAUACGAGAGGCAAUCCAGCAUCCAGCAGAUGAGAAGUUACAAGAGAAGGCAUGGGGUGCAGUUGUUCCGUUAGUAGGCAAAUUAAAGAAAUUUUAUGAAUUUUCUCAGAGGUUAGAAGCUGCAUUGAGAGGCCUCCUGGGAGCCUUGACCAGUACCCCAUAUUCUCCCACCCAGCAUCUAGAGCGAGAGCAGGCUCUUGCUAAACAGUUUGCAGAAAUUCUUCACUUCACACUGCGCUUUGAUGAACUCAAGAUGACAAAUCCUGCCAUACAGAAUGAUUUCAGCUAUUACAGAAGAACGUUGAGUCGAAUGAGGAUUAAUAAUGUUCCAGCAGAAGGAGAAAAUGAAGUGAACAAUGAAUUGGCAAAUCGAAUGUCUUUGUUUUACGCAGAGGCAACCCCAAUGCUGAAAACCUUAAGUGAUGCUACGACCAAGUUUGUAUCAGAGAAUAAAAACUUACCAAUAGAAAAUACCACUGACUGUUUAAGCACCAUGGCUAGUGUAUGCAGAGUCAUGCUGGAAACACCGGAAUACAGAAGCAGAUUUACAAAUGAAGAGACAGUAUCAUUCUGCUUGAGGGUAAUGGUGGGUGUCAUAAUACUGUAUGACCAUGUACAUCCAGUGGGAGCAUUUGCCAAAACGUCCAAAAUUGAUAUGAAAGGUUGUAUCAAAGUUCUUAAGGACCAACCUCCUAAUAGUGUAGAAGGUCUUUUAAAUGCUCUCAGGUACACAACAAAACAUUUGAAUGAUGAGACUACCUCCAAGCAAAUAAAAUCCAUGCUGCAAUAACAGUUCUGGAGUAAGCACCUGCUGUAGACAGAAGACAGUAUUCUGCAAUGACUGAGAAUGCACAGUUUUUUUAGUGAUUGCAAUUACUAUCUCAUUUAUUCUUGCUUUUAUUCUUUUCCUCUGUUCCUCUUCCCUCUUUUUUAAUCAUGUUCUUGUUCUUAAGACUUCUUUUCUGUGCCAAAAUCAGUACAGUUAUACUCUGAAGGGAGAUGUCCUUUCAGACAGGCCAUCUAAGGCAGCUAAUUAUGCAUUGCAUUGGGGUCUCUACUGAGAAAAAUUCUGUGACUUGAACUAAAUAUUUUUAAAUGUGGAUUUUUUUUUGAAAACUAAUAUUUAAUAUUGCUUCUCCUGCAUGGCAAAAUUGCCUAUUCUGCUAUUUAAAAACCCUCAAUGACUUUAUUUUCUACUGCCGCUUUUUUCAUGUGCAGCCAAAAUGAAAAUGUUUAAAUUAACUGUGUUGUACAAAUGGUACCCAACACAAACUUUUUUUAAAUUAGUAAGACUUUUGUUUAAAGUUUUAAGUUUGCAUUUUGACCUUUUUUGUAAGGAUGUAUGUUGUGUGUUUAACCUUUAUUAACUAACGUUAAAAACUGUGAUGUGUGCGUAGAAUAUUACGUAUGCAUGUUCAUGUUUAAAGAAUGGCUGUUGAUGAUAAAAUAAAAAUCAGCUUUCAUUUUUCUAAGUGUGGCUUGGUUACUGAUGUUUUUAGAAAAAACAAAAGUUUUGUUUCUGAAGUUUCCUGUGUAUAUUUUUAUGGAAUGCAUAUAAAGAUUACAUAAUAUCUCCUUUUUUCAGAGGAUAGACAAGGGAGUCUUUUCCAUGGAAUUUUUCUCCCAUUGUCUAUGUAAAUAAUAUUAAUUACUUUUAACACUUUGCUGUAUAUAAUAUGACCAGGGAUAUUGACCUAACUCUUCUUGAUUUACUUCUGUACAGACACAGUAGUAGAAAGAAAACUUGAUUCUCAGUUGUCAGGAGUGAAAGGGCAACAAUGUAAAGCAAAGUUGUGUGGAAGGAAGAGCAGCCCUUAAAAUUGAUAGCAUGAGCACGAGAGGGACUCCAGCAAGAAAACAGAAGGUCGUGAAGUCACUAGUGUGAGAAAACUACUGUUUGUACUUCAGGUUCAUAAAACCUAAAUCAUGGAAUGUAAAUCUCAUGGUUGGGAGAAGCUGCUUGAAGCCUGUCUGAUCCAGCCAUGCCAGUGGCUCAGUGACAAGAGCAUCUGCCGUAUGAUCCACUUGAAAUGGGCAGCCAUGAACGAAGAUCCCAGAGCCUGCCCUUAACCUUCUGAAUUAACAGUGCCAGGUCACGGCACACACAGCCCCACAGCCCUUCCAGCUCAGAUUUGUGCUGUCUUCUCCAGCCUCCUCACUGCUCCUACUUCAUACCAAGUUCUCUGGCCGAGUUCAACGGCCUGCUGUUUACAGCUUGUUUCAGUUCCUGUGACAUUGCUUCCAUAACUGAUCUUACUAGAACCUUAGCCUGCCUUCUUCCUCCUUCAUGCCUAUCUGACGAACACCAGCUCUCCAUCUUUCAAGGAUCAGCUUAUGUUACCUCCUUCAUGAAGUUUGCUGGAUAAUGUUGGCUAUGUCUUUCUGGGAAUCUUCUGAGAAAAUUGUAAGGAUGUGUGUCUGGAGCCUGUACCUGUGACCUUAUUUGCAGGUGAAAUUCAGGAGCUGGAGGUGACAUCUGGGAUUAAGGUGGACCAUAAAUCCAAUGACAGUUCUUAGCAGAGAAAGGAAAGCAGACAUAGUGGAAACUAUGGGAGGACAGAAGGAGAGGCAAGCACUGUUUAUACAAGCUAAGGAAGGCUUAAAAAUUGCUAGAACCACGAUACCAAGGGAGAGGCCUGAAGUCUUCGUCAGAGCACCCAGAGGGAACUAAUCCAGCUGAUGUUUAAAUUUCACACUUUUGUUUUCUAGGAUUUGAAAAAGAGAGUUUCUGUUGUUGCAAGCCACACAGUUUGUAGUAAUUUGUUAUAGCAGCACUAAGACUUUCAUACAAAUAUCUCAUAAAUUAUCUGUACUAUUUAAAUGCACUUUUGGCUGUCUUUUCUGAUACUGUGAGAAUCAUAAUGUCAGGAUCUGAGAAGAUGGCAUGAGAACUUCAGAGGAGAGCCAUAUCUUGACAGUCCUGCAGCGUCCCAUGGAAGGCUCUUGCACAGAACCCAAAUCUGAAUAGGUGCCAAAUGAAUGGUUGAAGUUAGUACUAUAAAAAGAAAAAAUUUCAGCUAAAAUAAAUGUAAUACAGCUACAGCCUAUUUGGGCAACAGGUCAUGCUCUGCAUGUUGAAGAAUAAGUAAAAAAAAAAAAGUCUCAACUCUAGGUCAGCAAACUGGUCAGUGGGCCAGUCUAUCCACUGUCUGUUUUUGUACAUCCUGUGAGCUAAAAAUAAUUUUAAAAAGGUUAAAAAAAAAGUAAUGAUUUUUUAGAAGGUUGAAUAUUUUGUAGCAUGAGAAAAGUAUAUGAAAUUCAGAUUUCAGUGUUCAUAAAUAAAGUUUUAUUGGAACAUAGCCUUGUUUGUUUGUUAUUUUG